AUGAGGAAUGAUGCGGUGCAGAACGAUACAUGGCUGCUAGAUCCUCUCAUGACGGAACAAGUCGCGCGUCCUCCGAUCCUCACGCAUGAUAUGUCCAUACAACCCAGAUUGAAUGAGACGCCCGACAUUUUCAGCCGGCGUCUGUAUCAAUAUACCAAAGGUGCACCAGCCUUAUGCGGCACCACGGCGCGGCUCCUCAGUCUGCACUCGACGCCAUUCUUAUGCAAGGCACUUGAUGCGUACAUGUUGCGCUUCCAUUUCCAAAGAUACCCGAUCGAUAUUGCACUGCGCUACUUUUUGGCGCUCGAGCACCUGCCAACCGAGUCGCAGCAGAUCGAUCGAAUUCUCAUGGCUUUUGCGCGGCGGUACGCGGCAUGCAAUCCAGAUACGACGAAUACAGAUACUACAUAUUUUCUUUCUUUUGCCCUGCUGCUUCUUCAUACUGACCUUCAUGCCCAGCACGCUCGGCCUCGACUGAGCCAGUCGGCAUUCGUGUCACUGGCAAGCCCCAGCAAGAUGCCAGCCGUCGUGCUCGAAUGUCUAUAUGAUAAUACGAGCCUCGUUGAGUUUAUGUUUAUGCGCGGGCGUCUGAGUACGGAUAGCCGACGUGCUGCAGAUCGCGAGCGCUAUGCACUGUACAAACUGAUCAUGUCAGGGCAGGUGUUGAAUCUGCAGAGUCAACAGCGUUUGAUGCUUCCACUGCAGUAUGCGUCUCGCUCGUGGACAGCCCAAGAUAUUCAGCAUGCCAAGCUCAAGGCGCAGACAAUUUUGGUCACGGUCCCUUCGCGCUGGCGCAAGCGACAAGCUGCACAGUACCGUGUGCAGUGCUUGCUGAGCGGCGCGGUACGGCUGUGCCGCGUCAGUGAGGACGAGCUAGAUGACGUCAAAAAUGGCUGUUGGCGGUCAUGGAUAAUCAUGGUAACGAGUUCAGCGCUAUUUUGGUGUAAAGACAUGCCAGAUACGACCCUGCGUCUUGAGCAAGUGCAGCCCUUGUCUGAUGCGCUCUGUGUCCAGGAUGCAUUGAUGCCACAUCUUCUGCGUCUGCGCAUUCAGCAGCGAUGGCUUAUGUUGGAUGCCGGUGAUCAGCGUGAUGCAUGGCUCGAUCACCUGAACUACGCGGCGAGCCUGGCGAUGUGCCAGGAUCCAUUAGACGAAUCGCUGUGCAUACCCGUGGGACUGACGCUGACAUGCCAGUUCGUGGCGCCCUCCAUGGCAGAGCCAAUGGCUGGUAAUGUGUACCUCAUGCGUGCUCAAAGGAUGCUGACCACUCGGCAAUAUGUUACGACGCUGUGCGUACGCCACAAGGCGCUCGUGCAUGCCGAGGAAGAGAGCCGUCGGUAUGCUCACCACCUAGGUAUGUUGACACCGCUGCGCAAGUCGAUGCGCGAUUACAUCGAGCACGCGAUGCACGCCGCGCUGCGCUCGCUCCGUGCGACGCAAUGGGAGCUCGCAUUCGUGGCAUGUCGCCUAAACUUUCUGCGUGCCGAGCAGCGCCUGCUGGAGAGACAUUUACAUCAUCACUACGUAUAA